AUGCAGCGACUGUGUGUGUAUGUGCUGAUCGUGGUGCUGGCUCUGGCCGCCUUCUCUGAAGCUUCUUGGAAGCCCCACUCCCACCUGCAAGAUGCACCCUUGGAUCCAGGGGCCAAUAGGGGCCAGGAGCCACGUGGGCUGGACCGGCUGGGCCCAGCCUCUCACCACCGAAGGCAGCUGGGGCUCCAGGAUCCCUCACACUUGGUAGCAGACCUGUCUAAGAAGCAGGGACCAUGGAUGGAAGAAGAAGAAGAAGCAUAUGGAUGGAUGGACUUCGGCCGCCGCAGUGCCGAGGAAGGGGACCUACGUCCCUAG